UUCUUCUUCACCUUCUCACCGGCAACGAAAACCCCAUUUCCUCUCGCUUUCCUAAAAUCUAAAGCGUACACAGUAGGUAAAGUCAAGCUAGCAAAUGGAGCAGAGUGGGAGAAGGAAGAGAAAAAUGGGGAAUGAAGAAGAAAAAGACGACGAAGAUGAUGAAGAAGAGAAAGUGGAGAAGUUCUUUGCUUUGAUACGAAGCACAAGGGAGGUGCGUGAUCGUCUAAGGAACGUUGUGGCGCCGAAUGGAUCAAAAGAGGAAGAGUGUCAAAAGAAGAAAGAGGAGGAGAAGGCGGUUGCUGCCGGUGGGGGUGGUGGCCGGUGGAAUCCAUCGUUCCAAUCUGAAGAUUUCAUGGAGGGUUCCGCUUCCGGGUCUAAGAAUCCUUCGAGGUUGAACGAUGCGGGCCCUUCCUCGGAGACAAAACAUGGACCCGAAAAAGAAAGCAAGGACGACGGCAGCGGCGGCGGCGGUUUAGACCUUAACCUUUCGUUGUCUUUGUAG